AAGAAGAAGAAGUAGAAAAAUAAGAAAGAUGGCGGCGCACUGCUCUACGUGGUAUUCUUGUUUUAUCUUGAGCGCGGAUCUGCUUUUCUUUCAGAUAAUGAAAGAAGUUGGAGCUUAGAAGCAGCAGUUUUACCUCCUGUAGUCUGGAAAGAAGUCCAGCGGAUUGAAGCUCAGCUGAUCGGAGGGAGAAAGCAGCUCAGGAAACCACAGUGGAUACAGGAGAUGAAGAAACCCCGAACAAUGGAGGGAGGUUUGCAGUCUGAAGCUUUGCUCCAGAAGUUAGUUGUUAAAGAAGAGCUUCUUGAGCGACAGAGUCCUGAUGUGGAACAGCAGAAACCAGAGAUUCUACAUGUAAAGGAGGAACAAGAUGAACGCUGGGCCAGUCUGGAGGGAGAAGAAUUUAGUAUAAAGGAGGAGCCUGAUGCCACAGGAUUCCCCACAAUUGAAGUUCGUGUGUGGAAUGAAGAAGAUGAAGAGAAACCUUUGCUUAAACAACCCCUAAUAGAAAACGGAGAUCCUGUAAAAGCAGAAACUGAUGAAGAGGGAUGUGGAGGGACAAAAUCCAUCAGUAACCCAGAUCUAAAAACAUACGUUGUUAAAGAAGAGCUUCUUGAGGAGCAGAGUACUGAUGUGGAACAGCAGAAACCAGAGAUUCUACAUGUAAAGGAGGAACAAGAGGAAAGUUGGGCCAGUCUGGAGGGAGAAGAAUGUAGUGCAAAGGAGGAGCCUGAUGCCACAGGAUUCCCCACAAUUGAAGUUCGUGUGUGGAAUGAAGAUGAUGAAGAGAAACCUUUGCUUAAACAACCCCUAAUAGAAAACCUAGAUGUAAAAGCAGAAGCUGAUGAAGAGGGAUGUUGGGGGACAAAAUUCAUCAGUAACCCAGAUCUAAAAACAUACGGUAACGCUCCUCUCUUAUCAGAAACUAAAGUUUGUGAGGAUAAGGAUGUGAACUAUCCCAGCGCUAGGCUCAAACACGUAUCAGAGUCUGAGACUGAAGACAGUGAUGAUGAUUGGAAGAAGGGUAUAAAUUUGGAGGGAAGCACUGUCAACAAGUCUAUGAGCAGCUCUGAGUGUGAAAAAACAUUUAACACGCUGUCUUUUCAGAGGAAAAUGUGUUCAGUAAAAAGUUCUUCUGACUGUCCAUUUAAUAAAUGUUUAAGAGAGAUGGAGGAUGCAGACCCACGUAUAGAAGCUCCGACAGAUUCUAAAAGGUUUCGCUGCAAUGAAUGUGGUAAAAGUUGGAAUUCUAAAAAGUAUCUAACCGUACACAUGAGAAAUCAUUUAGGAGUUAAUACAUAUGAUUGUGAAGUUUGUGGAAAAAGAAUGAAAACAAAAUCCAAUCUAAAGACACACCAGAAAAUUCACACGGGUGAAAAACCGUUUGGUUGUGAUAUGUGUAGUAAAAGAUUUCUAUGGAAAUCUUCUUUAGACAUACAUACCAGAAUUCACACAGGUGAAAAUGUUUUUGGUUGCCAUGCUUGUGGUAGAAGAUUUACACGAAAAUGUGACUUAAACGUGCAUAUGAGAACUCACACUGGUGAAAAAGCUUUUGGUUGCCAUGUUUGUGGUAAAACAUUUACAAGGAAAUGUGACCUAAAUGUGCAUAUGAGAACUCACACUGGUGAAAAAGCUUUUGCUUGUGAUAUUUGUGAAAAAAUAUUUCCACUAAAGUCUCAUUUAAAUGUGCAUAUGAGAAUUCACACUGGCAUGAAAACUUUUUGCUGUGAUGCUUGCGGUGAAACAUUUUGUGAUGGGUCAACUUUAAAAAAACACAUGACAAGUCACACAAGUGAAAAACCCUUUAGUUGUGAUGAAUGUGGUAAAAGAUUUCAUGUAAGGUCAAUCCUUAAAAAACAUAUGAGAACUCACACAGGUGAAAAACCCUUUAGUUGUGAUACAUGUGGUAAAAGAUUGUGUGACAAGUUGACUCUGGAAAGCCACAUUAGAACUCACACAGGGGAAAAACCCUUUAGUUGUGAAGUUUGUGGUAAAAGCUUUCAUAGCUGGUCAACACUAAGAAAACACAGUAAAACGCACACAAAAGAAAAACCCUUUACCUGUGAUGAGUGCGCGAAAAGUUUUCUUGAACCAUCAAUUUUAAAAAAACACAUAAAAACUCACACUGGUGAAAAACCCUUCAGUUGUGAUGUAUGUGGUAAAAGAUUUCGUGACAGCUCUGGUCUGAAAAUUCAUGUAAGAACUCACACAGGUGAAAAACCUUUUAGUUGUGAUUUGUGCGGUAAAUGUUUUUGUGAGCAAUCAAGUCUAAACAAACACACAAAAACACACAGAUUAAAAACCCUUUAGUUGUGAUGCUUGUAGUAAAAGAUAAAAAUAAAAGUCAAUUUAAAAAAGCACAUGAAAUCUCACACGGAUGAAAAACCCUUUAGUUGUGACGUGGUAAAACAUUUUGUGACAAGUCGUAUUUAAAAAGCCAUUUGAGAACUUACACAGGUGAAAAAUCUCUUAGUUGUGAUGCUUGUGGUUAAGAUUUUGUAGACAAUGAAGUAUGAAAAAAAAUCACAUAAAAAUGUACAGGUAAAACCGUUUCGGUUGUUGUGUCUAAUGUUUUGAUUGUCUCUGAUUUACUGAACGUUUUUGAACGUCAAACUUAGAAGCAUGGUAUGUUGAGGUCAGAAACUGCUCUCUGAGCUGCUCUGUUCUUUAUUUGGAAUCUAGAAAUUGGCUUGGCUUUAUUUGCUUUGAUAAGUUGGACAUAAAUUCAACACAUUUUUGAGCGAGAAAGUAGACUUCAAACCCUCAUCUGUGAAGUCAGUUUAAAAGGAUUAUGAUCUUAGUUCAUAGUGGCUUAGGUUAUUCUAAGUUUUUUAGAUUUGUACCAGAAUAUAAAAUCAAUUAUUUUUCAGCCUUAGGUUUUAACAUUUUUAGUUAAUGGCUCAACUCUAACAAACUCUGCUCUUCCAACUAAGCCUGUGAGGAAAUGCGUCUUAGCUCAGAGUCUGCGCCUUGCCCUGCAUACUGAUGGUUCACUCUCAGGACUAUGGCUCUUCCUGCGAUCGCUACUUAAUAAACUAUAUGUGGCUGAUCAUUCUCAGCUGACCAUAAAAAAUCCUUUGGUCUAACUAUCAAGGUUUUAUUUUAUCCAGCUCACAAGAGGUAAUAACCUCCUUUAAAUUCUACAAAAAUAUAUUCCUAAAUUAUA